UAUGGGUGUUCAGGACACUACAAAAACGGAUGAAUCCAACAGAAUAGCAUCAGUCGAUCGAUCCGAUCCAAAGUCUAACAACAAUAUGAGAGGAGUAUUCAAAAUAGUGUGCGUGUUCGGCCUAUGCGCCUACGCAUUGGCAUCGGAAAACGCUGCAGGAAAAUCGGCUGACAAAGCUGCCACCACCGCAGCAGCCACCGACGACAGUAAAAGCCAAGGCAAGAGAGGCAUUUUCGACACCGGUUAUGGAUACGGCUCCGGUGGUUUCGGCCACGAGCUGACCGGUCAUGACUUCCACCACGAACCACAAGUGCUGUCCAAGACCAUCAUCAAGGAGGUCGCCCAACCGUACCCCGUCGAGGUCGAGAAACACGUACCGUACCCUGUAAAGGUCGAGGUGCCCGUUGACCGCCCUUACCCAGUGCACGUGCCCAAGCCAUAUCCAGUGCACGUCGACAAGCCCGUCCCGUACGAAGUCAAAGUGAAGGUACCCCAACCGUACACCGUCUACAAACACGUUCCUUAUGAAGUCAAGGUACCCGUUGACAAACCGUACACCGUCCACGUUCCCAAACCUUACACCGUUUACGUGGAGAAGCGCGUCCCUUACGAGGUCACCAAGCACGUACCAUAUGAAGUCAAGGUACCCGUCGACAAGCCGUACACAGUCCACGUUCCCGUCGAGAAGCACGUCCCUUACACCGUCGAAAAGCACGUGCCGUACCCGGUCAAAGUGCCAGUGGACCGCCCCUACCCGGUGACAGUCGAGAAGCACGUGCCAUAUCCCGUCGACAAACCAGUGCCAUACACGGUCGAGAAAGCAGUGCCGUACCCUGUCAAAUUUCCAGUCAGAGUCGAAGUCCCUGUGCCAUACGAAGUGCCACACCACCACCAUUACGAUGAACACUCAUACAGCGAACACUCGUAUGGUGAACACGGAAGCCACAGUUAUAUAAUUUAUAUACAGAGCGUGCUCGCCAUCACGAUGAGAGGUCUCCUGUAUACAGUGUGUGCAUUUGGACUGUGCGCUUACGCGCUGGGCAAGGACGAAGCCGUCGUCAACAAGGACGCACCGGUGGACGGUGACAAGAAGUCGUCCGCGGACAAGACCCAGGACAAGAGGAGCCUGUACGACACCGGUUACGGUUACGGUUCCGGUUCGAGUUACGGAUACGAUGUAGGCGUCGGCGGCGGAGAUUACCACGGUCACGGUCACGUGCUGUCCAAGACCAUCAUCAAGGAGGUGGCGCACCCAUACCCCGUGCCCGUCGAGAAGCACGUGCCGUACCCCGUCAAGGUGGCUGUACCAGUGGAUCGCCCGUACCCGGUGCACGUACCCAAACCUUACCCUGUGCACGUCGAGAAACCCGUGCCAUACCCCGUCAAAGUGUCCGUGCCACAGCCGUACCCAGUGAUCAAGGAGAUCCCAGUACCAGUCAAAGUGCCCGUCGACCGCCCGUACCCCGUGCACGUGCCCAAACCGUACCCAGUGUACGUCGAGAAGCACGUCCCAUACCCAGUCGAGAAACACGUGCCGUACCCAGUCAAAGUGCCAGUCGACCGCCCUUACCCCGUGCACGUGCCCGUCGAGAAGCACGUCCCUUACCCCGUCGAGAAGCAUGUGCCCUACCCGGUCAAAGUGCCCGUCGACCGCCCCUACCCGGUCACAGUCGAAAAGCACAUACCGUAUCCAGUCGAGAAGCCCGUCCCAUACCCGGUCGAGAAGCUCGUCGCCUAUCCGGUCAAAGUUCCUGUGAAAGUCGAAGUCCCAGUACCGUACCCGGUCAAGAGCCACGACCACCACUACAGCCAUCACGAUGACUACCACCACAGCAGCUACUAACUAAAUGAACACGGCAUUAAUAAACAUUUAUCGCAUCGAAAGGGUUUUCCGUAACCUCAAAAUAGUUACCACUAAUUUGUUAAGUACUUUUUUGUUUUUUUUACUUUGUAAAUAUUAAUUUUAUGAUAUAAAAUUUAUACUUCCUAUACUACUAUCUUUAAACGAAAUUAAUUUUAAUUAUAUAACGGAAUUAAAAACAUUUUCUCUCGACUUUGACUGUUACCGACUAAGAUCUUUUUUUUACGACCUUAAAUUAACUUUUAUUUUUGUAUAUAUUAAACUUUCACCCCCCCCCCCCCCAACCCUCUCUCCGCCUAUACCAUAAUCAGCAAUUCUUCUCUUUGGCAACAAAAAAAAGCUCUACAAAGGAAACUGUCGAGGGACAAUAUUAUUUGGUAUGAUGUAUAAUGCAGUAUGAAUAAAGUUUAUUUUUCUUUGA